AUGUAUACUGUUUCUCUUAUUUUCACCCCGCUGGAAAAUCGAACGUUUUGCUAUGAAACUCGAUGUACGAACUUAAUCUUAACUGCAUGGGUUACUGAAUUAAUGACUGGUGCAACUGUUAAUGAGGCAACUGUUUCAGUAUUCGAUAAAAAGCAAGAAACAAAUCAACAAGGACUAUGCACAAUGCAAAAUUUCAAGAUAGAGAACAAUGAACAAGACAUAUUAGUUGUAGAAAAGGAUGAAGAUCUAUGUAUGUUAGUGAUACAUACAUCUUAUCGUAAAGUUCAUGGUAAAUAUACAUCACAUCGUAGAGUUAAUGAUAAAUAUACAUCAGAUCAUGUAUGGCAUGUAUUUAAUGAUCGAGGUUUAUAUAAACCAAAUGAAGAGGUACAUGUUGAAGAUGUAGAAGAAUUUAAGAAAAAUAUGCAACAAAGAGACGAUUUUUAUGAAGACCGAGGUGGAGGUGGAGGUGGUGGUGGUCGUGUCGGUUGUUAUGGUAAAUUACUUGAUAAUCUAACACGCUAUCGUGUAUGGGCAUUAGCAGUUAAUGAUAAACAAUGUGGUUUAGGUGAAACAUCAUUUACUGUACAAUUACCAAUCAUGGUUCGACCAUUACCGCCAAGAUUUCUCAAUUAUGGUGAUAUUGCUCAUUUCUCAGUUAUUUUACAAAAUCAAACAGAUCUAUCAUUACCAUUACAUGUUGGUUUAAGAGCAAGUAAUGCUAAAUUAUUAGCAUUAGAAACAAAUCAACAAGGAAUUGGUUAUUCAAUUGUGUUAAAAGCAAGUAAACGAGUUGUAGUUACAUUUCCAGUUUCAACAAUUCAUUCUGGUGCAGCUCGAUUUCGAUUUUUAGCUAGCGUUGUAAAUAAUAAAACAUAUGCAUCAUGUGGUGAUGCAAUCGAAUUAAGUUUACCUAUUUUUCCACUAGCAACAUCUGAAACAUUUGCAACAUAUGGUGAUGUGGAUGAAAAAAAAGUGAUUUUACAACCAAUAAAGACACCAAAAGAUGUUAUUGCACAAUUUGGCGAAUUGUCAAUAUCGACAAGUUCAACAGCAUUAGCAUCAUUAACAGAUGCAAUUAUUUCAUUAUAUACAUAUUUAUAUGAAUGUAUAGAACAAAUAAGCUCAAGAUUAUUAGGUAUACAAGCAUUAUGGGAUGUUUUACAAGCAUUUCAUUGUAAGGAUCUACCUGAAGUUUCAGCAUUGAAAACUAAAUUAGAAUCAGAUAUGAAUGUACUAAAAAGCCGUCAGUAUCCAAAUGGUGGAUUUGGUUAUUGGACAAGUCGAACUGAUUACUAUGCUGAUCCAUAUAUGAGUGUACAUGUUGUACAUUGUUUAGCUGCUGUUAUAGAUAAAGAGUCCGAAAAAGUUCGAUAUAGUUUAAUGAGUUAUGCAUUAUAUGUUAGAGCAAAACACAAUAGAGACGUGGCUCGUGAAGCUUCACGACUGUUUAAACGGAGUGGAUUUGAUAAACUUAGUUUAGAAGCAUUAGGAUGGUUAUUAGUAGCAUUAUCCACUGGUGAAAAUGAAAAUAUCAAGCAAACAGUUAAAAUAAUAUACAACCAUCUAAAAGGCAAAGUAAGUGAAACAAGUGAAACAGCUAAUUUUAUUACGUCAUAUGAAUCAUUAUUAUAUAUUGAUCCAAAGUCAAGUUUAUGCACAAAAUUAUGCAAAGAUUUACAAGCGCAUAAAGUGAAAGAUGCAUGGAAAUCAACACAAGAAAAUUGUUUUGUUUUAAUUGCAUUAAAUAAAUAUUUUCGCAUGAAGGAAAAGGAUAUACCAGAAUUUGCGGCAAAUAUCUGGCUUGAUACUGAUUACUGUGGUCAGCAUCAAUAUAAAGGUAUAAGGUCAUGUCAAAGGAUAAUUACGAGUUAUUACUAGCAGACUAAAUGUGAUAUCCAUACAACAGUAUAUUUAUUAGCAUAAUUUGGUCCAAAGUGUUCUAUAGGUUUCUGUAAGGGUUAGGUAUCCACGUAAAUUGUCUAGUUACCCUAUAUAAUCUUUAUAAGAGAUAAAUUGCCAGUUUAUUGCGCGAUCCUAUCUGAGAUAGGAUCGUGCUGUUAUAAUGUACCCGCUCAUUCAGCAGGAAUUGACUCUACUCUAGAAUCACAGAUUUUAUGGAUAAUUUUAUAAUCUUAUUUUCAUAGCCAAAUUAUUGCUAUUUAUUUCGGAACAUCUACCUAUUAAAUUUAAACUUCCACAAAGCAAAACCUCGGUAAGUGUCAACCUGGAUUUUUUUUCACAUGCCAACGUACGGGAGAAACAAUCUGCCUUAAACUAUAUCACAAUUCCAUAAUCAUUGACACUAACCAAAUUUCAAUUUAUUUGUCUACCUGUUCAUUUACCCAGUGAACCUUGUAAGGGAAAGUCUAAAACAAUACAUAAUGGUUGAUCAGUGCAAUACAAGUUUUGAGAAACUCAGUCAGUUAUUCCCAGUCAUUAAGUCGCGGUCGAUCCUAAGCUAUUUAUAUCCAUAUACUACGACUUUGGAGUCUAAUUGAAAUAUUAUUAGAUUAGAAAUUUUAGAAUUCAGUUUUGCCUACUGAAUGAGCCUGAUUUCUUUUCCCACUAAAAUGUUUUACUCUAUUCCUCGAGUAUUCCGCUAUUAUUCCUCUAUUUCGCUCUUCCUCUGUUAUAAAGUAUUUCAUUGUAUAAUAGUUUCGCACUCUAUAUUAACUCUAAACAUGAAACAGAUCGCCUUCUGUUUGAUCUUGUUUCGUAUUCUUUCUGAUUUAUUUUUCUUCCGUAUAUUCUACUCAUAUUGAACUAGAUCCGAAAUAAUAACAUGAUACUGAAAUUUCAUAAUUAAAUGAAGAAGAUAGAAACGUCAAAAUAGAACUCAAUCCAAUAUCUUUCAUUUCUAAGGUAAAAAUAGAAGAAAUAACUAAGGAACCUCUCAAAAUAUAUUCCACUCGAUAAUAGUUUGGCACUCUACAUUAAAUGUGAACAUGAAAGAGAUUGCUUUCUAUUUGAUCGUGUUUCGUUUUUGUUCUCAUUUAUUCUUCUAUUUAAAGAAUAAAAUAAGAAAUCGAACAAAUUUUAAAUUGAAUGGUCAUCUUUUAUAUGG